CACCGCUGUCUGUGAGCUUGUGUAACUUGUGUAUCAGCUGGUUCAGGUCUGUGACUAUAGGCAUUGUUAAAACGCCUCUAGUUACUACAAUAUUGAUCACUAGCUGUUGGUUGGGGUCUUAGGGUUGUGAACUACUGUUCGCUAGAAAUAAGGUUAUGGUGUAAUAAGUUAGCCAGCUAGUACGUUAGCAUAUCUGACGUUAUGCACCGUACUUCUGAUAGUGAUGCUGCUAACGAAUACGUCUUUCAAGUCGAGCUCAAACUUUUUCGUGAACUUUUGGUAGCAAAUUAUUAAGCAAGGCUACUACACGUUUCGCUUUAACAAAACGUUCUCCGUUGUCAUCACUCGGCGUUGUCUGGUUCAUGACAAAGCGAAGUCAGACCUUGACCGGUAACGUUGGCUAAUGAGUCUUGCUAAUCAGAUAACGUACCAGCCACCCGGCUCUAACCGCCCUCGAUAGGUUAAACGAUCACGUAGAGCCUGCGACAUACCCAAUAGUACAGAUUAGCAUGCUGUUAGACUAGCAUAGCACCAGAGCCAUGUAAAGAGGUUCUGGCUAGCACUACAUUUCCCGCAACGACUCUGACACCGGCACGCUAACUUGAACUGGCUAAGCUAGCCAGCAGUUUACCACUCUGCUACCAACAUGAUGCGUCCCUCCUCACAAUGACAAAGUUGGUCUGUGAUUGAUGACAGAAAGAGUAAGGUGUCGAGUUUAGUCCCCAUCAGUCAGCAAGACGGCGAGGGAGAGAGAGGAGCCGGAAGCAGCUGCAUCACCCCGUUCCAGAAUGGAGCUGUUUUUGCAGCAGAGAGGGACAGAGGUGUAACAGGGAGAAAUGCAGGAGAAACAGGACUCUCCAGCCAAAGCCAGCGGCGUCCUGGGAAAGGCUCAUCCGGCUCUGAAAGCCUUCAUGUGCGGCUCCCUGAGCGGCACCUGCUCCACGCUGCUCUUCCAGCCGCUGGACCUGGUCAAGACGCGCCUGCAGACGCUCCAAAACAACAGUCGUCCAGGGGCUCCCAGGGUGGGCAUGAUGACAGUAUUCCUCAAUGUCAUCCGAACGGAGCGGCUGCUGGGGCUGUGGAAGGGAGUCUCUCCGGUGAGGAUCACAUGCACCCAUUUGCUCUCCAACAACCAUGUAGCCACUCGUUUUAGAACCAUCAACCACCCCUGGAAUCACCUUUAUGAUUCUAACACAGCCGGUGAAUCAAGAGGUUACAUUUUAUGUGCUUAAUAUGUUUCAAUGGCCAUAUACUAUAUUCAAUUGUAAAUUAUUUGAUCAAAUCUCUAUCGGAUUACAUCUAUAUGGGACUAUGAUGCCACCCUCAGCAGAUAACUAGGAUUUUCUGUAAAACGCUCUGGCUCGCUCAUACAACUAAGGUAACCAUAUGAAGUAAGAUCUAUAAGCUAAGAGGAGUUAGCUAUAAGCUACAUAUUAAAUCAGUUUACAAAGGCCAGAAUAUUCAUGCAGAUAAAUUCACAACCGUCUCAUUGUUUUCUAUUUGGUCCUGGUUGCGCUCAUCAAGCUUGAAAGCAUGAGACAGUUGCACAUUAACAUAAAGUGAGUGACAGGGUUUUUGAUGUCUUGUGGCCAACGCAUACACACUACCUCUGUCUGGCAUUAGUGAGACGCCGUGUCAGGCCUUUCACCUCGGUGCCCAUGUUAACACAUUAGAGCUGCACUCCGCACACAUGAACAGUGUCGUAGAGACAGCAGUGUAACUACAGUCAGUGUGGUGCGCAUAGAAUUGGACAAGAAAUACAGGUCAAUUGCUAAAGUCCAUGGAAUCUUACCCUGAUUACUCUCAGAAUCAAUUUAAUAAUGAAAUUC